ACUCUCGUGCCGUUGCGUUCACUUUCCGUCGAGGAGGCGGACAAAGUAGCAGCCAGCAUGUCUCUAGAUCCGUCCUCGUUCGCGUCCGCCGCGAAGUGCGUGACCCGCCACCUCAACUUGAGCCUGCACGUCGACUUCGAAAGUCGCGUUAUCCAUGGGACGGUGGCCCUGACGAUGGAGGCCCUGGAGGAACGCUUCUCCUCGCUGACUUUGGACACCCGAGACCUGAAAAUCGCUUCCGUCAGUGUCAACGGGCAGGCGGCCAGUUUUACUAUGGGCCCUAAACACUCCUUCAAGGGGACGCCGCUGGAGAUUACGCUGCCCUUCGACCUUUCCAGAGGGCAGCACGCCAUCGUGGAGGUGACUUACCAGACGUCGCCCACUGCGCCUGCGCUGCAGUGGCUCACGCCCCAACAGACGGCAGGGAAGAAACUUCCGUACCUCUUCAGUCAGUGCCAGGCUCAUCACUGCAGGAGUAUGCUGCCUUGUCAGGACACUCCGGCCAUCAAGCACACGUACUACGCUCAGGUGUCAGUCCCCAAAGACUUGGUGGCAGCCAUGAGCGCACUGCCAGACGGUCAGCGCGUGGACCCCGGGGAUGCCAAUCGCGCAAUCUUCCGCUUCAGACAGAACGUGGCCAUGCCGUCCUACCUGAUUGCCUUGGUGGUGGGCGCUCUGGAAAGCAGGCAAAUCGGGCCCCGGUCCAGGGUCUGGUCCGAGGCGGAGUACGUGGACCGAGCGGCGUUUGAGUUCUCUGAGACGGAGGUCAUGUUGAAGACGGCAGAGGACCUGGCCGGCCCCUACGUUUGGGGGCACUACGAUAUUUUGGUCCUGCCACCAUCCUUUCCGUACGGCGGCAUGGAAAACCCUUGCCUCACCUUUGCCACGCCCACGCUACUGGCUGGAGACAAAUCUCUGUCCAACGUGAUCGCUCACGAGAUCGCUCACAGCUGGACAGGAAACCUGGUGACCAACGAGACCUGGGAAAACUUCUGGCUGAACGAGGGUCACACGGUGUACCUGGAGAGGAUGAUCGGCAGGCGUCUGGAGGGGGAAGCCUUCCGCCAGUUCAAGGCCAUGGGCGGCUGGAAGGACCUGCAGGACUCCGUUAGCACCUUUGGAGCAACAAACCCCCUGACCAAGCUGAUCCCCAGUCUGCGGGACGUGGACCCGGACGACGCCUUCUCCUCCGUCCCGUACGAGAAAGGCUUUGCUCUUCUGUACCACCUGGAGGAACUCCUGGGGGGUCCCGAGGUCUUUAUGGGCUUCGUCAAAUCGUACAUCCAGAUGUUUGCCUACAAGAGCGUCACCACGGAGCAGUGGAAAGACUUCCUGUUCACAUACUUUAAAGACAAGGUCGAUGUCCUGAACAAGGUGGACUGGAACGCAUGGAUGUUCAGCCCCGGGAUGCCGCCGCUCAAGCCGCGCUACGACACCACCCUGGCGGACGCCUGCAUCGCUCUUUGUCAGCGAUGGGUCCAGGCUGGAGAGCGAGACUUGAGCGCCUUCGGCGCCUCAGAUGUGGACGAGCUGUCUUCCCACCAGCUGGUGGAGUUCUUGUCUCUUCUUCUGCAGGAGGAGCCGCUCCCUUUGAGCCACGUGAAGAAGAUGCAGGAGGUGUACCAUCUCAACGCUUGCAUGAACUCGGAGGUCCGCUUCAGGUGGCUGCGACUCUGCCUGCGGUCCCGCUGGGAGGAGGCGGUCCCCGCGGCGUUCCGGAUGGCCACCGAGCAGGGCAGGAUGAAAUUCACGCGUCCGCUUUUCAGGGAGCUGUUCAACUUUGAAAAGUACCGGGAGGAAGCCGUGCGAGUGUUCCUCAAUCACCGGGCCGCCAUGCACCCGGUGACCUCCGGACUGGUGGCCAAAGACCUGAAGGUGUCAGCGGAGCAGUAGGACAGCCACACUAGCAGCAGCCAAUAAAGAAGGGCUUAGGUGUGAAAA